AUGUGUUCACCUCCAUUAUCUCCAACACCAGCCAUGAGUUUCUACACCUCUCCACCUACAGCUGCCAAUAUCUCCACCACUGCAGUGACCCUCUCACUCACUGGUAGCCCAGUCAAGGCUGGCCCUGUUCCAGCCAACCCUGUCUACCUUGAUGCCAAAAACAGAAGAGCUGAAUAUGUUUCGGCUUUAACUAUUCAAAAAACAGCGCGCGGAUUCCUAGAAAGACAGCAUAUUCGUCGGUUAAAUGCUGCUGCAGUAACUAUUCAGAGACACUGGCGCGGGUAUGUUGGCAGAAAAUUGUAUAUGCUUCUCCUCCAGAAAGCGGUAAACGAUAUGUACUGGCAGCAUUACUGUACAUCGGCAACACAAAUACAGAAAAUAUGGCGAGGUUAUGUUGUUAGAACACGAAUCUUCAAUUAUUACGAGUUCAAAGCAAGAGUUAAAGAGGCGGUAGAAAAGGACGCAGAAUUACUCGACAAGAUGCAACAGAAUAACGACAGAUUCGAAACAGCGGUAAUGGAUGUGCUUGAGAAUGAAGCUAAGCAGUGGGUGCUGUUUAUUUUGUUUAAACUACAUCAUUUGGUGAGAACUACCAACCAACGCGGUAUAUAUAGUAAAAAUACAGGCACAGAACUAUCGGCCAUUGAGAAACAACUUAAAAGUCUUUCUUAUACAAAAUAUGUGAAACUUUUACGUGCUCAGAGGAAACAAGCCAGUAAGAUGAUUUCAUCUUCACUCGCCCUGAAGUAUGGAAUUGAUUAUGGCAAAGAAAUUGAAAAGCUGCAUAAUACCAGCGUGAUUCGUCAGGAUCAUAUUGAAAAGAAGAAAAACCAUUUCUUACUAUUUGAUCCUAUUACAAAAUCUGAAGUAAAUUCUGAAUGA